AUGGAUACUAGACAGAGCACUAUCAAAGUACUAAUGCUACCUUGGUUGGCCCAUGGUCACAUCUCUCCCUUCCUAGAGCUAGCCAAAAACCUCACAAACAGAAAUUUCCAUAUAUAUUUGUGUUCCACGCCUAUCAACCUUGCUUCCAUCAAGGAAAGAAUCACUGAGAAGUACUCUCGUUCGAUUCAAAUUGUAGAACUCCAUCUUCCUUGCUUGCCUGAGCUCCCUGCUCAUUACCACACAACCAAUGGCCUCCCACCCUAUCUCAUGUCCACUCUCAAAACUGCUUUUGAGAUGGCAAGCCACAGCUUUGACUACAUCGUCAAGACCCUAAAACCAGACUUGCUGAUAUAUGACUUCAAUCAGCCAUGGGCAGCAGCCGUAGCUUCCUCUCACAAUAUCCCGGCUGUUCAGUUUCUCACUCUUGGAGCAGCUUUUGUUUCUUUCGGCCUUCACAUUUUCAAGCAGUCAGGCAAAGAAUUCCCUUUCCCAGAAAUAUAUCUUCAUGAGCACGAAGGCAAUAAGUUCCGUGAAGCGCUACACUCUUCUGUAAAUGAUGUCAAAGAAGAGGAUCGUUUCCUUGAAGCUAUGGAACGAUCAUGUGAUAUCGUUUUGGUUAAAACUUUCAAAGAAAUUGAGGAAAAAUAUAUUAAUUAUCUGUCUGUUUUAGUUCAAAAGAAGAUAGUUCCUGUGGGUCCACUUGUCCAAGAUGCUGUCAACGAUGAGCAUGGGGAGAUUAUAAAAUGGCUAGACAAAAAGGAUGAAGCUUCAGCCAUCUUUGUUUCCUUUGGCAGUGAAUAUUUUCUGUCUAAGGAAGAGAUCAAAGAGGUAGCUCAUGGGCUAGAGCUUAGCAAUGUGAAUUUCAUAUGGGUGGUUAGGUUCCCUGUGGGGGAGAAAAUUAAGAUAGAAGAGGCAGUACCAGAAGGAUUUCUUGAGAGGGUUGGAGAAAGAGGAAGAAUUUUAGAGGGAUGGGCUCCACAGGCGAAAAUCCUGGGUCAUCCGAGCACUGGUGGGUUCGUGAGUCACUGUGGAUGGAAUUCUAUCAUGGAAAGCAUGAAGUUUGGUGUUCCAAUAAUAGCCAUGCCCAUGCAUAUUGACCAGCCAGUGAAUGCUAGAAUGGUGGAGGAGGUUGGUGUGAGUAUGGAGGUUGUGAGGGACGGAAUUGGAAGGCUUCACAGGGAAGAGAUUGCAAAAGUGAUAAGAAAGGUAGUAGUGGACAAUAGUGGGGAGGUUGUGAGGAGGAAAGCAAGGGAACUAAGUGAGAAAAUAAGACUGAAAGGAGAGGAAGAGACAGAUGGGGUGGUGGAGGAGCUGGUACAACUUUGCAGGAAGAAGAAUUAA